ACAAAAAUAGCUCAGAGCAAAGUUCGUCAUGUUUCCUUCUGUGCUUUUAUUCUGUCUCUUCAGCGUCGUCAUGUCUGAAAACAAACUGGCUUCAGUGGACUUUGAGGUUUUUGGGAACGUUCAGGGUGUUUGCUUCAGGAUGUAUACCGAGGAUCAGGGUCGCAGUCUGGGACUGAGUGGUUGGGUGAAGAACACCAGACAAGGGACUGUGAUUGGUCAAAUCCAGGGACCUCCAGACAAAGUCAAUGACAUGAAGCUCUGGCUGAAGAGUGUUGGCAGUCCAAGUUCUCGAAUCGACAGAACCGUCUUCUCCAACGAGAGAGACAUUACCAAACUGGAGAUCCGCGGCUUCUCUACUCGCUACUGAGCAUGCUCAGACACCUCUGAGGUUACAUUAUGGAUGAGCUGUAGCUGAUGACGUGCUUCAGCUCUUCACUGGUUACAGAUUUGGACAGAAAUGUUCCCGAUAAUUGAUUAUUGAAGCCAUUUAUCAGUGACUCUGCUGUUUGUUUCUGUUUUCCUGCUGUCUGCUGACGAGCGUCUAUAUUUCGAGCUUCAGUGAGCCCAGAGCCACAACAAGAGUCAGAACCGGUUUCAGACCCAGUGUGUCACAGGGUAGAAAGGUAGUCCAGGCCCAGCAUGCAUGAAACAAGUCAGCUGUAGACCGAGGCAAGGUUGCAGAUGUUCAGAUGAAGGGUUCCAUGAUGUUUAGUUUCAGCAUCCACAUUCUGAUGUAACACAAAUUAAACUCGACAGGCAGCAAAAGAAAA